UUAUGGUUUCAUUAUAGGAAAGAAUAUGUGCAAACACAAUUCCAUGUUUUUCCACACUACUAACUGAGUAAAAGUGGUCAACUACAAUUUUCUACCUGAAAAUUGUAGUUGACCAUCUUUACUCAGUUCUACCUGAAAAUUGUACCCAUACAAUUCAUUCGAAUGAUUGUACCAGGUAGUAAUGGAGCCUGCCACUUGUAGCCAAGUCCUGUAACUUACUCUGUACCCUUACUGCCAUGCCUCGCUCUGGGAACUGUUCCUUUUCCAGGACAAAUCAAAGAAAAAGAAAAAGAAGAGGCAUAAGAAGCACAGCAAAAAGAAGAAGAAAAGGACGUCUGGAUCAGAGUUAGAUUAGAAUGUGGCAUACAGUAUGAAGGGUAACUAGAAGACUGAGUAUAUUUGGAGCCCUUGUCAGAAAAUCCAACAGACAUCUGCCAGAGGGACUCUGAGAGCUCGCUGUCGUUGGGAGUGUUUCAUCCUGCUUACGUAGGAUGAUUGGACGAUUGGCUGGGUAUAAAGAUGAAUGGUGUUCGAUAAAGGAUGUGAGGGCUUUGGUUCCCCACCCACACCCCCCACCCCCUCAAUUUUUUGUUACUUUUUUUUUGUUUUUGUUUGUGAGUUUUUAAGCAGAAUAUUCUGUGUGCAAAUAAAGCCCAUGUAUACAUUUGGUCAUAUGUUAUUGUGUUUCAUGUAAUUGCAUAACCUUAUUUUAAACUCACCAAGAGACUGAUAUAUACUUAUAGGGCUAUUGAACCUUUUUCAUUAAUAAUUUAGUCAUCUUUUUACAGUUCCUCAUAUAUUUUUUAACAGGUACUGCUAUGACAUUGUGGUACUGAAAUUGUCAAGAGGAGAGAGCUAGAUUAAAACUUUAGAAGAAUCUGUUCUAGAUGAAUUGAUGUCUUUACUGCCUAACCUAUUCCUAUAAUUCCACCAUUCACCAGUAUCACAAGACAUCCCACUGUAUGCAUGCACAUGUCUAAUUGCUAGUUAAUUAAAACUAAUAGAUCUGCUACUUGGAGUUCAAUUGGAGUAAAUCUAUAUGGUGUUUGAAAUGAUAUGGAUCUCAGGUUAAGCGGUGGUUCUUUCAGAGUUUUUCUCUGUUCUUGAGAACUGUGGGUGCAGGUGAAAGUUUGCAUAUCCUUGUGUACCUUGUGAGUGCAUGUCUACGGUUGGCUUAGGCUUAGAUGUUUGCACUAUUUUCUACCCACUGGCUUUGUCGGUGUUGACUCCGAAUUCUUUACAAAUGGGUGUAUUUUUCUCUGUGAUCCAAAAUCUCUUUCCUGAGUGGCAUACAGUUCUGAUGGUCUUUCUUUUGGAGCUGUAGCUGGCCCUUGAGGUGGCAGGGUUUCUGAGCCUCUGCCAGGUGUAUGCUGUCAUCCUGCUGUCCUGUGGGAGGGGCCUGACGCUCCUCUCAUUUCCCUGGCAAAUGCUGUCACCAGUUUCCUCUUCUUUUCAUAAGUCCUAGAGCUCCUGGAACAGAGCAAGCAGAAUGGAAUCUGUUAGAGCCGCUGUGUCUCUGCUCCUCUGUGCCAUGGUUCUCAUCUCAGGCACCAACACAGAACUGAUUAGAGUGAAACCCAUCGUUCAUGGGACAAAAGGCGAACCACUCCAUCUACCAGUAGAGAUUGAUUUUGGGGUGACUGGUGUCCAGUUCCAGGGCACCUGGUACCAGACCAGCCCUAGACUAACUCACCUGGUCACCUUCGACAACAACAGAUCCAUCCCUAACCUGCUAUUGAAGGAUACUCUAGUCCUCAGCCUUCCGAACAUCUCCCUGUCCUUUAAACGCUUGGACGAGUCAGCUGAAGGGGACUACCAGCUAAGCAUCAACAUCUUUUUCCCUGGCCAGAACAAAUCUGUGACAGUUACCAAGACCAUCAGCAUUACAGUAAACGUGCCUCUCUCCACCCCUAUUAUUGAGAAGAGCUCAGAGGCCCCGCUUGUGGAAGACAAUGACAACGUCACUCUAACGUGCACUGUGGAGGAUGGAUCUAAGGCUAAAUACCAGUGGUUAAAAAAUGGCCAGCCAGUCAGGCCGAGCGAGCGUCAUCUUUUCUUGCAGAACAACAGUACACUGCUCAUCCAUCCAGUCAAAAAGGAGGACAUGGGGAGGUACAGCUGUGUGGUCAAAAACCCCAUCAGUCUCUCACAUAGCAGAGCCAUGGACCUCAGUGUGUUCUAUGGUCCUUACAAUCUGGAAGUGAACUCGAACCAGGGUCAGAAAAUUGGAGAAGUGUUCACUGUGGAUCCAGGGGAGCUGGUCUUUUUUGAUUGCCUGGCGGACUCAAACCCGCCCAACACCUGUGUUUGGAUCUCCAGGACCAACAAUAGCACAGAGGUGCUCAUGACAGGCCCACGCUUCGAGGUGCCUUCACACAAGUUGGCCCAGCCUACAAAGUUCCUGUGCCGGGCAUUCAACAAUGUGACACAGAAGCAGGAUGAAACGCACUUCACCCUGGUGGUGGCGGCUAGUAGAGGUAGAGAAAAGCAUGUCCAGGGAGAAAGUGCAGUGUCUCCUUUAGUGAUCAUUACCAUCACCUCUAUGCUCAUCAUAAUGUGCAUGUUUGUGUUUGUCAGGAGGACCUGCCAUCCUAAAAGAGUGUUGAUGAAAAUUUAUAGCAGACCUAACCCAGACCAAAAAGGCCUGCAUCGCUCAGGCCAUGAGGAUGCUACUGAAGACUUUGGAAUCUAUGAGUUUGUUACCAUACCUGGCAAAAUGGAAUCUGCCCAGGCAUCGAGCAGGUCUCUGGCACGGCUGGAUUCAGUCAGAGAUUUGCAUACCACCAUCUAUGAUGUCAUCAGACAUGUUCCUGAAACGCCAACACUGAGUUUGCUGAAGUGAUGGUUUCAGUAUGCAUUUGGUAAAGAACAGAAUAGCCAUGUUCCUGCAGAUGGUUAUAAAGUCACAAGAUUUUCUUCAGCCAUUGCAGGUCUAUGCCAAUAGUUUGUUUCUUCCUACAGUAACUUGAAUUUGAUUGUUCUUUACUAUUUUUAAAGAAACACUGAGUGAAAAACCUUCAUAUAAAGAUAAUCUUAAUUAUUAUUAAUUAAGCUGAUGCAAAAUGUUGAUAUUUAUUUAUUGUACAGGGAUCCUUAUUGUUCUGUAUAUACGUUUUUGUUUGUUAUUCUUCGUCAAAGGCUUUACAAGCUUGGAACACAUUACAUUUUAAUGGCAUUAAUGAAUGUCUAAAAAAAAUUAUAAUGACAAAAAUGUUUAUGUAUAAUACAUGUAUUUAUUAUAUUUUUAGACCUACAUGUUUCCAACUUAAAAGACAGGCUCAAUGUAUUUCAACCCAGCCCUUAUCAAAAGAAAUGUUGUGUCCCAUAAUUUAUCACCAUCCACAGCUGAGCUUUGCAUAAAAUGGACAACAAAGGAGACAGUGAUAAUAAUUAGGGAAAUAACUAUUUUAUUAAAGUUGACCUAACUAACCCAAGAGUAUUUAUGAAAUCAUACAGAUAUAUAGCCUAACCCUUAGUCCAUUGCUUUGCAUGAAAUAUGAAUGUAAAUAGUAUGCAUUUUUAUUUCUAAUACUGCAUUUUUAUACACUGCAAUGACAUUGUAUCCUGUGGUGUUCCAUGCCAUACAAAUCAGAUUGUUCUUUGUAUUGCAUUGCCGCAGUCGAGACACAGAUGAACUUCUAUUAUAAGGCUAUGAUGCAGUUAUUCAGUUUAUGAAAAUGCUGUAUAAUUUGAAAAUAAAGAUUUAUAUAAAUUGCAAUUGAUUUUCAGUGAUUAGACUAUAUGGAUUUACCUUGGUUUAGUUAUGAUCAAAAAUGUUGUGUCAGCAGUUUGGAAAAGGCAAGUGACAAUGUUUAGAGCAUGGUAUUGGCCUCCAGCUGGGCUCACUGUUCCUUGAACUGUGACAUUUGUGUGGGUGUGUGUGUGUUUAAGACAUUGCUAAUCUCUACACAUAGUGGCUACUUUAUUAAAAAUGAUGACCUCAUACCUAGAAUGGCUGGCAACUUCAGAAGUGUGUAAGUAGACUUACGGGUAUAUUUUGUAAGUGUACAGUUAAAGACUGGCGACCAUCUGUCACCAUGCAGUGUAUCAGCCUUCCUGCCUUUGGUUUAUUUUGGUGAUAAGUGAUCAUCAGCAAACAUUAUAACUGGUGAUGGCCUGGAUGUGCAGGUACAAACUCAGACACAGCAGCGCUGGGCUGAGAGUGGUCUACCAUCCAAAUCAAAACAAAGCCAACAAACUACGUCCUCAUCAUCAGAAACUGAAAGUUGAAUGAUGUCUAGGAUGUCUAACCCAAAUUGUGCAUGACAUAAAAUGGGUUAUUAACUAUAAAUAGCACACUUAAAUUGUUUCUAAUAAAGUAUUUGGUAAGUGUAUGUCAUUGCUAAUGGAAUAUAUCAAUAUAUUCUGGAUCAAAUGUGAAUUAUAGGUCAUGUAGAAACUGUUGGCCCUGAG